CCUCCCCUCCCAGGAGAGUGGCCCUCCGCUGCGGCAGCUCCACAGCCCAUAAAGAGCGGAGGGGACGUGGGGACGGGUGUGCAGAGCCUUGCCGUGCCGUGCUGUGCCCUCAGAGCCGUGCCAGUUCCUUGGGGCCAUGCACUGAGGGCCUCCCCGGACCACCACGUCCACCCCAUCAUUGCCCGCCAGCACCCAGUGAAGCGCUGUGAGCAAGAGGUCAUCACACCCCGGCUCAAGAUGCAGAGGUGCGCUAGUUUCCUCUUUCUGUCUUUCAUCCUCUGUGCCGCCCUGUCAGAAACAUUUGGACUCGUUUUAUCUGCAAAAGAAAAAAGGGGCUGGACUUUGAACAGUGCUGGGUACCUACUUGGGCCACGUCGUAUUGAUCAGCUUUUACUGAUAAAGGAAAUGCCCAUGGCAAGGGGGAGAGAAGAUGCACCAGGGGCAUAUGCAGUAGAUAACCACAGAUCUUUUAGCGACAAACAUGGUUUCACUGGUAAACGCGAAAUACAGCCUGAUGAGGAUAUAAAAGCAGGAAAUCUUGGAAGACCACUGGCUGAUGAAAACAUUGUGCGCACAGUAAUUGAAUUUUUGACUUACUUGCAUCUUAAAGAGAUGGGAGCACUUGACAAUCUACCUUCACCAGAGGAAACAAACCAGUCUUGAAGAAGAAUACAUUUAUAUUUUGUUGUAGUGCAAAUUCAGAUUGAAUUCUAAACAAAAGAUCCAAAAGACCAGAGGAUGAGAAGUACUGUUUGCAUUAAUCUGAAAAAUGGUAAAUGAUGUUUUGCCUCUUGGAUUUUCUUUUCUCUACUGUAAUGUUAUGGUGUACAAUUUUGCCUUGGUGAACUUUUUCUGUAGGUAAAUGAUAAAAUAAAAAUAAACAGCAACUACA